AUGGGUCGACUCUCCGAUGCCGCCACUUCGGCCUACAAGUCCGUGAGGGGCCUCUUCGUGGGCAAGACACAUAAGUACAGCUCCAUCCCGGAGGACGAGGACAGAGCAGGCACCGAGACGGAGUACGAACCCUACCGGCGUCAACCGAAGCCUACACUUGCCUUGCUCAUCCUGGGAGCCAUGUCUUUCGCCGCUCUGCUCACCUUGGUCGCUGGCUUCAGCCUUGUCAGCGGCCAGAAGCCGGACAACGCCACUGGUGAGGUCUCUCAGUUCUGGGGCCAGUACUCUCCCUUCUUCUCGGUGCCGUCCGAGAUCAGCGCCGCCACCCCCGACGGAUGCACGAUCACCUUCGCGCAGGUGCUUCACCGACACGGCGCUCGGGACCCCACCUCCGGCAAGACGGCCACCUACAAGGCACUCGUCGACCGCAUCCACCAAACCGCCACUCAGUACGGAAAGGGCUUUGAGUUCAUCAAGGACUACCAGUACACUCUCGGUGCUGAUGAGCUCACUCCUUUCGGCCAGCGCGAGCUUGUCGAGUCGGGAGAGGCCUUCUACAAACGCUACCAGUCCUUGGCCGCCAGCGCGGACCCGUUCAUAAGAUCAUCGGGCCAGAACCGCGUCGUUGAGUCUGGUCUCAACUGGACUUCUGGCUUCUUCGGAGCCAAGAUCCAAGAUGGUCACAACGGACCUGAUGGAGGAAUCAACUCACAGAUCAUGGUCAUCCCUGAACAGGAGGGCUUCAACAACACGUUGGACCACAGUCUCUGCACGGCGUUCGAGUCAGGCAACUUCUCCAAGGUCGGUGAUGACGCUCAGGUUGACUGGCGCAACACAUUCACAGCCCCCAUUGUGAGCCGUCUGAACACGAACCUGCCUGGUGUCAACUUCACAUCCGAGGACGCUGUCAGCUUCAUGCAGCUGUGCCCAUUCAACACUGUGGUUAACGGCACACAGUCUCAGUUCUGCGACCUCUUCACGUUGGACGAGUGGAAGGACCUCGAGUACUACGAGACUCUGGGCAAGUACUACGGCUUCAACGCGGGCAACCCUAUGGGUCCGACGCAGGGUGUCGGCUUCACCAACGAGCUGCUCGCGCGAUUGACCAAGCAGCCCGUCGUGGAUCACACGUCGACCAACUCGACUCUCGACGCCGACCCCGUGUCGUUCCCGCUCGACAAGGUGCUCUACGCCGACUUCAGUCACGACAACGACAUGAUGAGCAUCUACGGAGCGCUCGGGCUCUACAACUCGACGGCGCCGCUGGACAAGACGAAGCGGACUUCGGUGCAGGAUGCAAAGGGCUUCACGGCCAGCUGGACGGUGCCUUUUGCAGCACGCAUGUACGUUGAAAAGAUGAAGUGCGGAUCGGACGAGGAGCUGGUUCGGAUCCUGGUCAACGACAGAGUGGUGCCGCUCAACGGUUGCGGUGCAGACGAGCUGGGACGAUGCAAGCUGGACGCUUUUGUCAACAGCCAGACGUUCGCGAAGAGCGGCGGACUCUGGGACCAAUACGACGACGUCCGUCGCAUCUCAAUUGCAGCCAUGGUGAACGCCGCUGGAGGCAUCGUCAUCGCCAUCCUGGUGCUACUGCUUGUCGCUGGAGUCGGUUGGGUCAUCUUCACUCAGCUGCGCGCCCGCAGACUGGGCCUUCCGCCGCCCUCGCUUUCUUCGUACAUACCAUUCCGAAAAUCCGAACCACCAGCUUACGGACCCCCGCGCCCUGCGCCCAGCGGCAUCGUCGGCUGGUUCAACGACAAGAUCACCGGCUUCAAGAACCGCAACAACCGAUCCGCCGCUGGCGCCUACGAGCAGCCCUCGGCCGGUGCACCCCGUCGAGGUUUCGGACCCCUCGACCCCGAUGAGGCUUGGGAUACUCGCGUCGGCCACGAGGCAGAGACCUACGGACCCUACGGCAAUUAUGAAGAGCAGGAGCUUGGCUACCGGGGCGGCGCUGGCGGAGGCGACAGCUACAACAUGAACAUGGCCGCUACCCCCAACGUUCAUGAUGAGCCCGCGAGGGGUCGCAGCCUCAGCCGACCCGGUGACGACCUCACUGUACCCAAGGGAGGCAGGAAUCCUUUCGACGACGACGCGGAGCCAAGCAACAUCAGCCUCCGCGGCGUAAGCCCGCGGCCAAUGGUCGAUACUGCGCCGCAGCAACAGCCCAAGGAGAACGGCGAGAGCCCAACAGAACGGAGGUCCAUUUUCAGAGAGAACGUAUAA